GGAGCCUUGCUAGGCCUAGGUGGCCCCGGUGGCACCAUGGACACCUUCAUCCGUGUGACCAACCAGACCCAGGGCCGGGACCGGCUCUUCAGAGCCACACAGUACACAUGCAUGUUGCUUAGAUAUUUGUUGGAGCCAAAACCAGGCCAAGAGAAGGUGGUGGAGAAACUCAAGAGUCUGGAGGCCAGUGUAAGCACCGGCCGCAAAUGGUUCAGACUCGGGAAUGUAGUGCACGCGCUGCAGGCCACGCAACAGAGCCUCCAGGCCACGGAUGCCGCGGCUCGCCUGUGCCUGACUCUUGCCAACCUCAACCGCGUGCUCUACUUCAUCUGCGACACCGUGCUGUGGGCACAGAGCAUGGGACUGGCACCAGCCGUGGACCCGAAGCGGUGGCGCCACUGGGCGUCCCGGCACUACUAUUACUCGCUGCUGCUGAGCCUGGCCCGGGACGCCUAUGAGCUGGCCCGGCACAUGGAGCGGCAGGGCCGCAAGCAGGCCAGGCAGGAGGCCCAGGCCGUCCCCUCGGUGGCCGAUGAAGACGCCAUGUGGCUUCAGUCCUUCCUCCUGCUGCUCCUCCGGUCCCUGAGGCAGCAGCCACCUCUGCUGUUGGACACGGUGAAGAAUGCAUGUGACCUCCUGAGCCCGCUGAACCAACUGGGCAUCUAUGAGUCCAAUCAGGGUCUCAUCGGACUCGGGGGCCUUGUGUCCUCGCUGGCCGGCCUUGUCACCGUGCUUUACCCUCACAUGAAGCUGAAGAUCCGAUGAGGACUGGCACGGACCCCCCCCCACAUCUUCAGCUGCUCCAGCCCCUCAGGCCCAGAGGCAGGGCUGACCAAUGAGCGUCUCGGACCUUUCGAGAAAAACCACCAACUUGGGAAAUGACAGUGCAUUGGGCUCUGGGCUCUGGGCUCUGGCAGCAUGUCCUGGAGUUGGUGGCGAGUGACAAGGUGCCAAUGGGGCCUUGGAGAAUCGGUGAGGAAGAGAAGGCGGCCAUAAAGCUAAACUCACCGAUGCAUAUGAAACUCCUCAAGUUUCUAAUCAAGCCAGGAGACUUAAUAUAGAAAAGUUUGGGGAUUUUCAGAGUAACUUCUAAGCUGCUAGGAGAGGAAUAAUCAACAGAUUAAAGAUGACUAAUAAAUUCUGAGACCAAAA